CGUCAGCCUCGCUUACAUUCAAAGUAGAUCACACAUUGAAGGGGUAGUGUAUAUAUAUAGAACUGCCCUGCUGUGCCCAGGACGGGGUGUGUUCGGGUAGUUUGAGGAAAUAAGAAAAAGCUCGCAGGAUAUUGCUCGUCACAUCAACAUGGAGAUCUUGGGGCUAGUGGACGUCCCGCUGUAUCUGCUUCUGGCAGUGGCGGCGGCUGUGCUGCUCUAUAUACAUGGAACCUGGAACUUCAAUUACUUCAAGAAUCGGGGCAUCCGUGGACCAACACCGUACCCCCUUCUUGGAAACAGCACAUCGUUUAGUUUCUUCCACAAAUUCAAAGAAUGGAACCGACAAUAUGGAAAUAUAUAUGGGAUAUUUUUGGGAAGAAAGCCAGCUUUAGUUAUAUCUGAUCUGGACAUUCUGAAGGAGGUGUUUGUCAAGAGCUUCAACACUUUCAGGAACCGGAUGAAAUUCACACUCGUGCCCUUCCCAUUCAAUUUGGGUGUGUUCUUCUUGGAAGAUUCCCACUGGAAGAGAGUGAGAGGUAUAAUCACCCCAAGCUUCAGCGGCGGCAAACUGAGAAAGAUGUGUGCUGCCAUCAACGACUGCGCAACGACUCUGUCAGCUAACUUCUCUAAAGUCGUCGGGAAAAAGGAAGGGGUUAUUAUGAAAGAAUACUUUGGAGCUUACACUAUGGAUGUGAUUUCACGAACUGCCUUUGGUAUAAAAGUAGAUUCUCAGAACGAUUUCAACAACCCAUUUGUCGCUCAUGCUAAGCUGAUGUUUACAAAUUCAAAGCCAAGAAGACUACUACCACUGCUGGCACGUUUCUGUCCCCCACUUGUAUGGAUCAUCUUGAAGCUGGGGGGUGCACUCUUUCCAAAAAGUAUGAUGAACUUUUUUCAAACGAAUAUUACGGAAAUGAUAAAACAACGACAGAGCGACACAAAGGAGCGUCGAGAGCAGAGAGUCGACUUCCUGCAACUCUUAGUGGACGCUGAGAUAGAGGCAGAUAGAGACGAAAACGGUCACGCAGCCAAUGGUCAGAUCCCAGAGAAACAUUCAGUCAGACGACUAACAACAGAUGAAAUUGUUGGCCAAGGGAUUUUGUUUUUCAUUGCUGGAUACGAAACAACUGCUUCGACUCUGAACUUUGCGUCAUACAGUCUCGCCAUGAACCCGGGCACACAGGAGAAGGCGUAUAAUGAAAUCACAGAAAUGCUUGGAAAUGAGGAACCCAACUAUGACAACAUAGGGAAACUGAAGUAUCUGGACAAAGUCAUCACCGAGACGCUCAGGCUCUACCCACCAGUUAUUGCGUUAAAUCGCAGGGCUUCUGAGACGAUUGAGAUCAAAGGCUUGACAAUCCCUGAGGGUCAAACUGUCUUUGUCCCCACAUUCGCUCUACAAAGAGAUCCUCAGCUCUUUAAGGAUCCAGAGUCCUUCAAACCAGAAAGACAUGAUGAAAAGUCCAAUCCGCUGUCCUUCCUGGCUUUCGGAUAUGGUCCAAGAAUCUGUAUUGGGAUGCGUCUAGCUCUGGUGGAGGUUAAAAUAGCCCUGGUUCAUGUUCUAAGAACUGUGAAGUUUGAACGAAUGCCCGACACACAGGAAGUAUUGACGUUUAAGUUGUCAAACAUUCUUCAGACAGAAAAGGACAUUCGACUGAAAUUAUCUCCCAGAUGCUGAGCAAGGCGGAGAGGCACCAGCAGCUCACGGUUAGCAGAAACAGCAACACUUUUAGAAUGACCGCUUUCUGACGUAACCGUUUGGCUGCCAAGCAUCACAAGCCAGCCAACAUACCAGCCAAUGAAAACACUUGUCACGUUUUGCUGUACUUUGUGCCGGUAGCUUUAGGCCACGCCCCCAAAGUGUUUUGUUUUGACAUCUAAAGACUUUCAACGAAUAUAAUGAUACUUUUUUCUCUCUCGGGAAUCGACUUAAUAUGUCUUGGACAAUUGAUAUUAGCAACAAAAUCGCCAUUAUUUUUUGCCCUUAAGCGCGUCACAAUUGUUGGAGCAAUUUAGAGUUGAACUCUAUUACAUGCUUUCAGUAGUACCAUUUUAUUUUCCGAUUUUUAAUUUACAUUUGUGUGUGUGUUUGUGGCCCUACUUAUUCUCCUGACGUGAAAUGAUUCUGAUAAACUAUUGAAGAAUAUUCUUCAGUAGAUUUUGUCAUAACAACGGAUAUCACAUUUGAAGAUGUCACAUAACAAUACAUUGUCCUCUAUGUGGCUGUCUCUAUUUGAAAACAUUUGGACUGUUCUAUGAUACAUUAUACUGGGCAUGCAAGGUACUGACGUAUCUGGGGGUUGGGUGGGGUGGGGGUGGUGGGGGUGGUGGUGGUGGUGGUGUUAAGGGUUGUUAAAAAGGUAGCUAUAGGUUCCAGUUGCAGAAGCUCAGGCUUAAUAUUAAGUACAUGUGUCGUCAUACCAAAUAAAUCUAGAUGUACAUCCAAGCAGGGAUUGCAAGUGAAUGACAAGUGCUCGGACGUGACUGUGCCAAUGUAAUGUGUGCUGAUAUCACAUGUCAUUUAUCCGUAUCGUUUCAAUUAUUCAGAAUUCUGUAUUAUGAAAUAGACGUAGUCAUUGUACCUCAACUAACGUAACAAAAAAAUAGGAAUUGAGUAUUUACAAGGAACUGUGUGUCAUUCGUCGGCCCUAUUACAUACCACAUCAUACCUUGACAGAAAAUGAAAGUUUUUUGUACCUUUGACCUUGAGUAUAUGUAAUGUCUAAUAAACAUGAAUGUGUGUCCAUUACAGUAUCACUGUACUGUGUUCUACGGUGUACUUACUAAUGCUAAUACUGCAUUUCAAUAUCUGUGAUUCUGUGACGUCCUUGUCUAUGCCGUAUAAAUAUAUGUGCCUAAUUUUGAAUAAACUAAAUUAUCUUUAUCUUUA